CUGCCAUGAAGCAAACAAAUCCUUAGUACAAGUAUACGGCUGUAGUAUGUAAGCGCCGGAGCAGCCACAUCCGUAAGUUCCUGUACUGGGCUGGAAAGGGGGACGAGGACUCCAUGGGGCACUUGCGCAGAUGCGGAAACAGGAAAAACAGAGCUGAGAUGAGCCUGCUGCGGCCUGCUAUUCAAGUUGCCCUUUUUGUGACCUGGUAUCGCUUUUGUGACGCCCGCAAAAACAGGAGGGUGGGUGGUCAAAUGUGCGCUGCAAGCAAGAAUCGGCCACUACCUAGGUAUGAGACAGGGCGCCUCGGCAAAGAUGACUCUUACGAUGACUGCGGCCCACGUAUUACUCGUAAUAUGGUAGGCCAGGCAGGUUUGCUGUAUUACUAUUACUACUAGAAUUAGCACAGGUGGUAGCAUUUGCGUCUCACCAAACGUGUUCCUGCUUGUGUGCUCCUCCACAUUAAAAGUACCGCUACCUUGUCAUGGGGCGCAUGAGAGAUUUAAAAAAGCAGGCACGGCAAAUGCCAGGCUUGAUGUACCUUGGCUACUUGAGUAGUCUUGAGGGGGGAGAGAGAGGAGACAGGCAUGCCAACCAUCGCUGACAGUUCCGGUUUCUACUCUUGUUCUCCUACGUC